UAAAGCCAUAGAGGGUUUGUCUGCGAUUCGAAAGUGGUCCGCUUGUUGAGCUUCGGAAACGAGAAAACAAAUCUAAAGAAGAAGACGAAGAAGAACUGAGAAGAUGACGGAGGAGUUAGAGAGCAUGAAAGCUGGACUAGGGUCUAAAGCAGCCGAAGAAGAGACUGAUGGGGCCAUCGUUGGCGGUACUGGCGCGGAAGAACCCGAGGAAGGAGAGAUCGUAGGGGACGAUUCGACUUCUGUUAUGGCUUCGACGACAGUGACACCUCAACCUCACCCUUUGGAGAAUUCAUGGACCUUCUGGUUCGACAACCCUUCCUCCAAAUCCAAGCAGGCUUCUUGGGGUGCCUCCAUUCGUCCCAUCCACACUUUUGCCACCGUCGAGGAGUUUUGGAGCCUUUACAAUAAUAUUCUUCAUCCAAGCAAGUUUGGUGUGGGAGCAGACUUCUACUGUUUCAAGUACAAAAUUGAGCCAAAAUGGGAGGACCCUGUUUGUGCUAAUGGUGGGAGAUGGACAAUAAACUUUCCUAGAGGGAAGUCUGAUACAUCAUGGUUGUAUACGUUGUUGGCAAUGAUUGGAGAACAGUUUGAUCAUGGUGAUGAAAUUUGUGGAGCUGUUGUUAAUGUCCGAGCAAAGCAGGACAAGAUAUAUCUAUGGACUAAGAAUGCUUCACAUGAAGCUGCUCAGAUUAGCAUUGGGAGGCAGUGGAAGGAGUUUCUUGAUUACAAUGAAAACAUAGGGUUCAUCUGUCAUGAUGAUGCAAAGAAGCAUGAAAGGAUGGCUAAAAGUCGCUUUUCUGUAUGAGUUGAAACCAUUCUACUCUGACAAGGGCCAAGCUGAUACAGAAGCAGGUUCUCUGGUUGUAGCAGAUUGGCAAUUAAGUAGCUUUCUUUCU